UAAUGAUUGCAACUAGAGGCAACCUGCGUUUAUUUAAAACCGUGGACUGUAUAAAACCCAUCUUCUACUGCCCACACGGGAGAGCAGCGUAUUGUGUAGAAGGUUAAGAUGGUGCUCACUUCACUUGGCUACACCGGUGGUGCUGGAGUUCGAGCCCCUCCAUCUUCUCGUCCCUUUCCGUUGCUGAUGCUGAGGCCGGCUGCUGAUGCAGAACAGGCUGGGUUCGCCUGUAUUUCUGCAGGUUGUUUAAUGAGGAAAACAAUGAAACAGAAAUGGAGCUCCCCUGGGGGAGCGCUGCCUCCCAUAUAGACUUCCGAGAUGAAUAUACAGUACGUGGGGAGAGAAACAGUCUUUAAAAAAUAUAUAUAUAAAAUAUUGGCAUGACAUAGGAGAAAGACGCUGAGAUUGAAGCUGUUUGAGGAGCUGUCCAGAUGCUGAAAGGACACCAAGCAGCCUCACAAUAAGAGCUGCUGCUUCUGGAGGAACUGAUCAUGCAAUUUUAACAUUAAAAUGAACAAUGUAUCUGCUGCCUGUGACCUAAAUGUUCUCUCUGAACAUUUAUUUUGGCGCUAUUAUUGGUUCAUCUUCUGCAGCUCUGUUAAAAAGAAAAUAUCACUCUUGGUAGUUUCAGUUGAGUCAAAACCUACGUGGGUUAAUAUUUUCUAAAAUAACAAUAGAGACAGUACGAGCCACUGCCCUUUGCGCUGUUUGGUGCUUAAUUAUUUUCAUUUAAAGGCUCUUUAAACCAAUUCGGACCAAAAUAACGAUCCGUCCUCCAUAAAAUCAAUAGCCUAAAUCCGCAGCGAGUGUCAGUCGCAGCCCCUCAUGUAGGAGAAUGCAGACAGGAGGGGUGGAGUUCACGGCUUUUACUUUUCAAAGCUCCUCUGGCAGAAGAGCUCAGUCUUUGCCUGGAAAACAGCGGAGUUGGCGUUGAUGCGUCCUGGCAUGAGAUCCCACUUCGGUCACAGCAGCCUCCUCGCUGCCGCAGCCUCCAGUUAAACUUUCCAUGCUGUUGUUGCCCGUCCAGCGGGCAGCACUUGGGAGGUUUGUCUGGACUGCGUUCGCUCCCGCUCUCUCGUCCACUGCGCCCCGGGUCUCCACCCUCGGCUCUCCAGGUUCAGAGGCUCUCGGGCGGCCGGAGGAGCUGGCCACGAACUCCCGCACGCAUGGAGGGAGACGUUAUGGACAAAGUGGAGGCCACGGCGACGGUCUGUGACUUCGACCCCAUCAGCGGGAGCAUCCCUGCGACCAAAGUGGAGAUCACCGUGUCUUGCAGGAAUCUCUUGGACCGAGACACUUUCUCCAAAUCUGACCCAUUGGUUGUGUUAUACACCCAGGGCGUGGAGUCCAAACAGUGGAGAGAGUUUGGCAGAACAGAGGUGAUAGACAACACACUAAACCCAGACUUUGUCAGGAAGUACAUCCUGGACUACUUCUUUGAGGAGAAGCAGAACCUGCGCUUUGACGUGUAUGAUAUCGACUCUAAAAGUCCAGAUCUGGCAAAGCAUCCAACCGACUUUAACGACUUCCUGGGACAGGUCUACUGUACGCUGGGGGAGAUCGUGGGCUCACCUGCCAGUCGCUUGGAGAAGCCGCUAGGUGGUAUCCCCGGGAAGAAAUGUGGAACCAUUAUCUUGUCUGCCGAGGAGCUGGGAAACUGCAGAGAUUAUGCCACCAUGCAAUUCUGUGCCAACAAACUGGAUAAAAAAGACUUCUUCGGAAAGUCGGACCCCUUUAUGGUCUUCUACAGAAGUAACGAGGAUGGCACGUUCACCAUCUGUCACAAGACUGAGGUGGUGAAGAACACACUGAACCCUGUGUGGCAGCCCUUCUCCAUCCCCGUCAGAGCGCUCUGCAACGGAGACUACGAGAGGACAAUCAAGAUAGAAGUGUAUGACUGGGACAGAGAUGGGAGCCAUGACUUCAUCGGGGAAUUCACCACAAGUUACAAAGAGCUUUGUCGGGGUCAGAACCAGUUAAAUGCGUUUGAGGUGGUGAACGCCAAGAAGAAAAUAAAGAAAAAGAGAUACAUCAACUCUGGAACGGUGUCCUUGUUGUCUUUCAACGUGGAGUCAGAGCACACCUUCCUGGAUUACAUCAAAGGAGGGACUCAGAUUCACUUCACAGUGGCCAUUGAUUUCACUGCAUCAAAUGGAAAUCCAUCCCAGUCCACUUCACUACACUACAUGAACCCAUAUCAGAUGAAUGCCUACGCCAUGGCCCUGAAGGCUGUUGGGGAGAUCAUCCAGGACUAUGACAGUGAUAAGAUGUUUCCAGCCCUGGGAUUCGGUGCCAAGCUUCCUCCUGAUGGGAGGGUUUCCCAUGAGUUUCCUCUGAAUGGCAACAUUGAGAACCCGUACUGUAACGGCAUGGAGGGGAUUCUUGAAGCUUACCACGAAAGCCUUAAGACGGUUCAGCUGUACGGACCCACCAACUUCGCUCCUGUUGUUAAUCACGUGGCAAGGUAUGCAGCAGCGGUGCAGGACGGAUCUCAGUACUUUGUCCUGCUCAUCAUCACUGAUGGCGUUAUAUCAGACAUGGCUCAGACCAAGGAGGCUAUAGUGAACGCAGCGAAACUCCCCAUGUCCAUCAUCAUAGUUGGAGUUGGCCAAGCUGAGUUUGAUGCCAUGGUUGAGCUGGAUGGGGACGACAUCAGAAUCUCCUCACGAGGGAAGUUGGCAGAGAGAGACAUUGUGCAGUUUGUCCCAUUCAGAGACUACAUGGACCGCACAGGUAACCACGUGCUGAGCAUGGCGCGGCUGGCUAAAGACGUGCUGGCAGAGAUCCCCGACCAGCUGAUCUCCUACAUGAAGAGCAGAGCCAUUAAACCCAACCUCGUCCCUCCAGCUUACUCGACCGACGACCACCUCCAGACCAACCCCGUCUGAGGCCCGCUACCCCCACCCGUCCCCAGCAUGCAGCUCUGCGUAGGGAGUUGAAGGGUGGAGAUUGAUGGCGACCCGCCUCCACCGACCGUCCUUUGAAGGGAAAAUGGAAAUGCGAGGCCCUUUCGUAGAUGUUAAUCCAGCAGAAGGAAAAGAUGAUGAGACUCCAUUUUGGUUUGGAGCAUGGAGACUUCUGUGGGGGAACCUGCUGGUGAUCAGAGAGUUUUCUUUUCCUCUGAGGAUGAGAGCGCUGAGAGGAGGCCGGUGUAAAUGGAGGUUUUAGUUGUUCGCUGUCAAACAUGUCAAAGUGGUGAUGUAAUGGAUAGCAGGUAAACCCGUAGAGAGGGCCUUUUUUGAAGGCAUACAUAUAUUAGGAUGUGCAAGUGUGUAUCAUGUUUGUGAUACCUUUUGGAAUCAAUGUGUUUUAAACUAGGAAAUCAUGUGCAUACUAAUUUAUUUAUUUAUUUAAUGCAGAAAUAAUUUAUUCCUUAGAGGGUGUUUUAAAGGGUGGGGAUUGAAGUCAUAUUCCCCCUGUAGUUUUCCAUGUUAUAUUUUGUGACCAGUGUAAUAAGAACAACCCCCAUUUCUACUUUGGUAAGGACUGUAAUAUAAAAAGCAUGUGAUAAAACCUGUUCAGCAGUUUAUGGAUCAUUUUCACUGAUGGCUAAUUUUCAAUUGCAAGCUAUUAAUGUAGAAGACCUCCUGUGAGCUGUUGACAUACUGAUUUUUCAGCACCGCAUCUUAUAUGUAUUUCUAAUAUUUGUAUGAACAGAAUGCACUGAUUACUGUCCAAAUAAAAAGCACAAAGGUAAUAAUGCCAAUAAGCUAAAAACCAUUAGUUUGAAAGCGCCAACCACAAUGAAAAUACUAGAAAGGACCCCACGUAACGUCUUCUACACACAUUUUAAACAACAGGAAGAAUGUUUAUAUAGAGACUAUUAUACAAAUAGGUUAGAAUUUACUUAUAUUUAUGAUAAAAUAGCAGAAUGUUUACAACAAAGCAGAGGAGUAUUUAAAAGCACACACUUACUUUCCCUUUUAGUAUGCAAGAAUGCAAAUUGUACCGCUUAUGUCAUGCAGCCAUACCUCAUUUGUCGUCUUGCCGUUUGCGUUUCUUACCAUUGUAUGUGUUGUGGUUACAGUUUAUUAUCUCUUCUGUACUUUUAAAGAACCCUCCAAAUAUACCUUCGAAAGUCAAUUAUUUUCCUCCUUUAAACUGAUUUCUUUACCCGGAGUGAACAGUCGCAAAUCGUGCUAUGCGGCGUGUAGAAUUUGGGCGUGGAGUUUAUUUUAAAGCGAUCUAAAGAGAACAGACGGUCCAUCUUCUUUAGUUCGGUCAAAUUAGCAUUGACUGUUUCCACAUAACAUUGUUUUACAUGCACGACAACUCAUUUUAUAACCCAUUGAGAUACUAUUUAAAUACCUAAGAUGCAAUUAAACAGUUCUAAUUUAACACAAGCCUGAUAUUGACAUACACUAUAUACACACACACGCACACACAUGUGUUCAUGGCGCUUUCUUUUAAGUGACUGUGUAUGCAUUUUACAGCCGUUGCGGCCCAUUUGUACAUCCUAAUUUAUCUAUAUACAGUUAAGAGGCCAUUCUUUUUUUUUCCACUAGCAUCUCUCAGUCACUCAGUAUCUUGAUCCAGAUGUGCCUAUUAUAUGGAAACAUAUCCAAAUUCUGUUACCCAGGUGUAAUUCUGCCAGCAGCAACAGGUCUCAUGUUUAAGAUGCACACACAGAAAAUGUUGGAGAUGAUAGAAACUGCUGAAAGUGUAGGACUGUUUCAGCCACAGGAGCUGAUGCCCGCUGUCUCCAUCAGGGUUCUGUGCUUUUUAUACUUCACUAACGAUCUUUGAAGUGAUGAAAGUUCACAGCGUCGCCGAGCCUUGUUGUACAGUACUCAAAGUCAAGACUUGUUUACAACUCAUCCGUGGCUAUUUACAUUGCCUCAAGGAAAAACUAAACAUUCAUGGGUUUCAUUAAGAGAUAACUUUCUUUUCGUUUGUGCAUUCCUCAGUCUUACUUUAGACCUAAAGGGUUUCGUUGAAUUACACCGGAGAACCAAUGUUUACAAAGGUUUGCCAUGCUUUUCUCUGAGAAUGUGAAGCCCUGUUUCGGUUUCUGUUUGGAGCAAAUGUGUUUACAUGAUUCAUGUUGCUUUGUGAUCUUUUGUUAGUCAUUCACUGUUCUCAGAGAGCAGGCAGAAUAUGAGGAUGCUGCAGAAAACUCAGUCCAGAGGCACUGAACCCCUUCUGUCACAAGCCCAGAUCCUCAUUUGGCUUUUCUUCUCUGUUUAAAUUUUUCAUCAGUGGUGUUAUUUCUCCCUCAGAAGACAAAGCCGAGUUUAAUCUUCUGCCAAAUUCACAUGGACAUGUGAACUGAAAUGAGUUUAGUUUCAUAACGCUCAUGAAUACCAGUAUACCUCUACAGAAAGCCAUUAAAUCCAAAAAGAGAUACCUACACACUGAUUACAUUUGUCUUAUGAAUUAUUUAAACAGUUUGCAUUACUAUCUUAAAUAUAAUUGUCUUUGCAAUUUACAUGAUUGAAUUAGUUUUCAAAGCGAGUCUGAUUUUCUUCAUUGCUCACAGCAAGUGGAAAAGUACAUCUGACAGGCGUGAUGCUCGUUAAAUCAGCAUCAGCAUGCAGCUCAUAUACAGUGGCAGCUGUCUGUGAGGAAGGAGAAUACAAGAGCACGGAAAAGUGGAGGUGUGGUGUGCACUUUUCAAACAUGUUUUGUGUAAUUACUUUGAUGCAAAAUUGAGUAAUAUUCAAUUCUUUUCAAUCCUUUUUUUUUUUUUUUUUUUAAUAUAACAGGCUAGUUAUUUCCUGACAACUCCCCCUGAAACAGAAAUCAGAAACAUCCUCAGUACUAACAAAUAAUCUCCAAAUAUGAAAAAGUAAAGACACUUAUGCAAUUGUGAAACAUUCAAUUUGUGUGAAUUAUAUUAUAGGUUUUCUUUCUGUGGAAAUAGUUUGGUUUUUCCCUACUUUUUUUUUUUUUAACCUGUAUUCAAGGCUAAACUCUAAUUAUGUACAUAAGCCCCGCAAACAGAAUAUCCAGUGCCAACACGUGUUCAGUUGUUGAACUUGGCCUCUUUAGACAAUGUGCAUGUUUGUGCCAAAGUGGCAGGAAAUUCUGUAGUCUGCCUUCAUUUCACCUGAUUAGUGCAUCUGCCCGCGUGCUUCAUUUGUUACUUACUUGUAAUUUGGAGAUAACAGUCACCUCCAGCAUGUUGCAUCUCUGGUUUCUUUCCAUUCUGUUCCUAUGAGACACAUACUGUAUGGGUUCUUCUUGCCACUGCUCCUGUUUUAUCCCAGGUUGUUUACAUACCUCUCUUGGUCUCUGACUUGCAUGCUGAAUAAUUUCCAAACCAGGUGUUGGACAUGAUAUUGUCGUCAUACUGUGGUUUGUGAAAUGCUUUGUAAUGGAUUGCCUUAACUGAAGAUUAAUAAAAAAAAAAAUACUGACAA